UUAUUUUUUUCCAGAGUGAUGAAAAUAUAUAUAUAUGAAUUAGUGUAUGUAUAUAUAAAUAUUUAUGUGUUUCUAUUGAAAAGCAAUUACAUUAUCAUUAUUAUUCUUUGUAUUUAAUUAACAUAAAUCUUCAAAAUUUAAAAGUAAAAUAUAAAAAUGGGUUGCUUUUCUUGCUUCAAUUCCCACUCUCAUAAUAAUGUUGAUAAUUGUGGUGAUGCUGCUGCUCUGGACUCCAAUCACACCCCCUCAGGUCAUGGAAAGAAAAGAAGAUACAAGGAUGUUACUGAUGGGAAAGGGGUGGAUAGUAUGAAAGGAAAAGGGAUGGCAUUGAGUGGUCAGAGAGCAAAUGUGGCACGAAGCUUUACGUUUCGCGAGCUAGCCGCAUCCACACAGAAUUUCCGCGUUGCGAAUUUGAUUGGUGAAGGCGGAUUCGGAAGCGUUUACAAGGGCCGCUUGGAUUCUGGCAAGUUAGUGGCUGUAAAAAAGCUCAACUUGAAUGGACUUCAAGGGAACCAAGAAUUUAUUAUGGAGGUUCUUAUGUUGAGUCUACUUCGCCAUUCAAACCUUGUCACAUUGACUGGUUACUGCACAGACGGAGACCAGAGGCUCCUGAUAUACGAGUACAUGCCUCGGGGAAGCCUGGAAAGUCAUCUUUUUGAUCUAACUCCUCAUCAGGAGCCAUUGGAUUGGCACACCAGACUAAAGAUUGCGGUUGGUGCAGCUCGUGGUCUUGAGUAUCUUCAUUGCAAAGCAAAUCCACCAGUAAUUUAUCGUGAUUUAAAAUCAUCGAACAUAUUGCUAGAUAAUGAAUUCAAUCCAAAACUUUCAGACUUUGGGCUUGCUAAAUUGGGUCCUGUUGGUGAUAACACCCAUGUGUCUACUCGAGUUAUGGGUACCUAUGGUUACUGUGCACCUGAUUAUGCAAUGAGUGGUAAACUUACAAUAAAGUCAGAUAUAUACAGCUUUGGUGUUGUCUUGCUGGAGCUGAUUACUGGGCGCAAAGUAAUCGACAUGACCAAAAAAUCCGGAGAACAAAAUUUAGUUUCGUGGUCCCGGCCAUUUUUGAAAGAUAGGAAGAAGUUUGUUCAGUUAGCAGAUCCUUUGCUACAAGAUCGCUUCCCUUCACGUUGUAUGCACCAUGCGGUUGCCAUUAUUGCGAUGUGUCUCCAAGAACAAGCAAAUUUUCGGCCCUUAAUUGGUGAUAUAGUUGUUGCUCUCGAGUACUUGGCAUCUCAAGCUGAGAUAUCUGAAAAUCCUAAGAGCUCGACAUUUAAUUCUCGCCCAUCACCCUCAAAGAAAGAGAAUGAACAUGUUGCACAUGAGCGAGGUACAAAAAUUCCGACUUCUUGAAAUUGUGGUAAACCGAAGAUCCAUUACAGAAAAUAGGAGCCGUGUUAUUCUAAGAGGUUUACUGCAAAAAUUAGGAGUCAAAGAAGAUGAUGGGAAGAUUACUUUACUUUGAAGCAUGAGGGAUGAUGCUUAUGCUGGGAUGUGUUUGAAAGUGAAACUCCGAUGUCUCGUGUAUUCUGUAAGUGCAUAUAUGUCUGUUCCAUCAACUCAGGUACUAGGGAAACGGAAGAAGCUGUGGAUUAGUUUUAUUAUUUUCACCCUCGACAAGCAUUAGGUAUUGUGAAGUAAAGUGUAGCUAAUAUUCAUCAAAUGUGUAAUUAUAGCACAAGUCUUGAUUAUAGAUUUAAUAGAUUGAAUUUGCAUCCAAGCUGGCACGCCCUUACACUGUGCAGUAUUUGAUUUUCUUGAGACAUGAUUUAUAUAACCGAUUCCCAAUCCAAAACUUUAUACCUUAAAUCUCAGUUAACCCAUAUUAAUUGUGUG